AUGAGGCCGUCUCUAUUCUCCAUCGCCUCGCUAGGCCUCGGGCUAUGCUCCGCCGCAUCCGUGGCGAGCAGCCUCGACGCAGGAGUUCGUUCGUCUCUCGCCCUCGCUCCCGUAGUAAGAGUCCUGGACGAAAAGAGAGACCAGCUCCAGGACAUCGUGACAUGGGACGAGCGCUCGCUCUUCGUCCGCGGCGAGCGGGUCAUGAUCUUCUCGGGCGAGAUCCACCCUUUCCGCCUGCCCGUCCCGUCGCUGUACCUCGACGUCUUUCAAAAGGUGAAAGCCCUUGGCCUCAACACGGUCUCCUUCUACGUCGACUGGGCGCUGCUCGAGGGCAAGGCCGGUGACUUCACCGCCGAGGGCGUGUUUGAUCUCCAGCCCUUUUUCGACGCCGCGACCAAGGCGGGCAUCUACCUCAUUGCGAGGCCCGGCCCGUAUAUCAACGCAGAGGCCUCUGGCGGUGGGUUUCCGGGUUGGUUGGCGAGGUUGAAGGCGAAGCUGAGGACUUCGGACCCCGAGUUCCUUUCUGCUACGGACAACUACAUGGCAAAUAUUUGCGGCAUCAUCGCCAAGGCCCAAAUCACCAACGGUGGCCCAGUCAUACUCUUCCAGCCAGAGAACGAGUACACCAACUUCGAAGACGGCAGUAGUGCCGAUGGGCCGUACUUCCAGUAUGUCAUCGACCAGGCUCGCAAAGCUGGGAUUGUCGUUCCCCUUAUCAGCAACGACGCCAAAGCAGCGGGCCACAAUGCACCGGGAACGGGUAUAGGCGCCGUUGAUAUUUAUGGCUUUGAUGCGUACCCGCUUGGAUUUAACUGUGCAAACCCGAAUACGUGGCCGGAUAAUGCUCUCCCAACCACCUACCACGCACUACACUUGCAAACAAGUCCAAGCACGCCUUUCACGAUUCCAGAGUUUCAAGGAGGUUCCUUUGACCCCUACGCUGGGCCUGGGUUCGAAAAGUGUGCGGCGUUGGUUAAUCACGAGUUUGAGCGCGUAUUUUACAAGAACAACUUUGGGGCUGGUGUCACUAUAUAUAAUAUUUAUAUGAUCUUCGGAGGCACCAAUUGGGGUAACUUGGGGCAUCCGGGAGGAUACACGUCGUACGAUUACGGCUCCGCAAUCACGGAAGAGAGAACUGUCUCGAGGGAAAAGUACUCUGAGCUGAAGCUCGAGGCGCAGUUCUUAAAAGUUUCGCCCGCAUACCUGACUGCAACGCCCGGAAACUUGACCGUCGGUGUAUACAGCGCAACUCCAGACAUCACGGUAACACCUCUGCUAGGUAACGGGAACGGCUCGUUCUUCGUGGUCCGGCACAGCAACUACAACAGUCUUGCAACGACCGAUUACACGCUUCGUCUGCCCACGUCGCAAGGAACCAUCACGAUCCCGCAGUCCCGCGAUCUGCUGCAACUUACCCGCCGUGACUCGAAGAUCGUUGUCACGGAUUACCCGGUUGGGAACACGACUCUGUUGUAUUCGACAGCGGAGAUCUUUACCUGGAAACAGUACAAGAACCAGACGGUUCUUGUCGUUUACAGUGGACCUGGCGAAACGCACGAGAUAGCGAUCAAAUCGACUACGACGCCUGUCCUCGUUGAGGGCACCAGCGUUGAUCACAAUUAUGUGAACAACACUCUGCUUUUGGCAUGGGAAACAUCAAGCACUCGACGGGUAGUGAAGGUUGACAACCUGGUCAUAUACAUUUUGGACCGCAACUCGGCAUACAACUACUGGGUGCCAAAUAAGCCCAGCGGAAGCCAAUCGGCGUACGGCACGUCCAUUAUGAAUCCAGACUCUCUCAUCGUCAAUGGCGGGUACUUGGUAAGAUCGAUCUCGAUACAGGAUGGCACUCUUAGAGUCCAGGCGGAUUUCAACCGUACCACUGAGAUAGAGAUCAUUGGCGUCGAGCCGGAAGUCACCAAGCUGGAAGUCAACGGCAAGCAACUGGACCACACAACGAACAAUCUAACCAACUGGAUCGCGAAUCCAGCCUUCGCGGGUGCCGCACCCACCGUACCGGACCUCAAAUCACUCAACUGGACCUUCAUCGACUCUCUCCCUGAGAUUCGCGCAGGCUACGAUGACUCCGCGUGGCCUCUCGCCGACCACAAAACCACAAACAACACAAUCGCCAACCUCACAACCCCCGUCUCCCUCUUCGCCUCAGACUACGGCUUCCACGCCGGCACGCUCGUCUUCCGGGGCUACUUCACCUCAACUGGCACAGAAGACAAGCUUGACAUCACAACCCAGGGCGGCUCCGCCUUUGCGAGCUCCGUCUGGCUCAACGACACCUUUAUCGGCUCCUUCGCCAACGGACCUGACGCCGCGGGCGAUAAUGCCUCCAAUUACACCCUGGCCAACCUCACCGCGGGCGCAACGUAUGUCUUGACCGUCCUCGUCGACACCACUGGCCUGGAGGAGAACUUUGUCAUCCCUGCGGACGUGAUGAAAACCCCGCGCGGGAUCAUGGACUACAGCAUCACGUCCCCAUCCGGCGCCCAAACGAACGUCACGACGUGGAAAAUUACGGGGAAUCUCGGCGGCGAGGGCUACGCCGAUAGGGCUCGCGGCCCGUUGAAUGAGGGCGGGCUCUUUAUUGAGCGCCAGGGCUAUCACCUCCCGUCUCCACCCGAAUCGGCGCUCAACACACAACGCUCGCCAUUCAAAGGGACAGAUGUGCCCGGUGUGGCAUUCUACGCCGCGAAACUGGAUCUGCAAAUCCCCGCUACGGACCUCGACGUGCCCCUCUCCUUCGUCUUUGACGACAUCGCAGCGUCAAACGGAACGGGUGCGUACCGCGCCAUUCUGUACGUGAACGGGUUCCAGUACGGGCGGUACGUGAGCAACAUCGGUCCGCAGACCAGGUUCCCCGUGCCCGAGGGCAUACUCCGGUACCAGGGGACCAACUACAUUGGUCUGGCCGUCUGGGCACUCGGCAACGUUGGAGCUCGCGUGCAGAACUUCCGACUCGAUGUCGGCGAGGUGGUGGCGACUGGUCGCGAAGAGGUCAAGGUUGUUGAGGCGCCGGCUUGGAGUCAGCGGACGGGUGCAUAUUAG